CGGAAAGUGCGUCUUCUCUCUCUCUCUUUCUCUUUUCUCUCCAUGUCAGCUAGGAAUUCUUUCCAUGUUCUUCAGCAAAUUCAGAAGAUUCAGUGCAUUCAGCAGCGUUAGAUAAAGAAAGUAUGUUCUAUUUUGUUCUUGUAGAACGAUUUGUUUGCUAGGUUUUCAUCCUGCGAAAUCGGCUCUAAGAGUGUUCUGAUGAGAGAAACAGAGAUGUCGAGUGCAAGGAUUCCUCAUUUCAUCGAGAUCUUCGAUCCUAGUUCAAGCUCUGAACGACUGAAAAUUCCAUCCUUGUUUGUUGCAAAAAUGGAAGCAGGGACAUCUGGAACAGCUUCACUAAUGGGCCCUAGUGGGUGCACUUGGCAUGCUGAUUUGAUUCAUCAUGAUGACAAUUUGUUUCUCUAUCAUGGAUGGAAUACUUUUGUACAAGAUAAUUUCAUAGCCUUUGGUGAUGCAUUAAUCUUCAGAUAUGAUGGUAACCUGCAUUUCACUGUGCAAAUUUUUGACCAAAGUUCAUGUGAGAAAGAAGCUGCCUUUAGUGCUGAAUGCAGUCAAAACUACAGCCACUACGAUAAACUUACGGGAAAGAGAAGGGAAAACAAAAAUGAGGGUUCUUAUCUUGAUUGCAUUCUUGAACACGUGCCUAAAAGAUCUCGAGGAUCUGUUCCUCAUCCAGUAUGCUUAAGCAAUAGCCAAGAAGAGGGAUGUAAAGAGAAUGGGGUGACAUCUACAACUGAAACAUUGCAAUUUUCCAUGCAUGCUAAUGAAACUGGGAGCCACAUAAUUUCAUCAGUGAAUACUGUUAGCCUUGCUAUGUCUGCGCAGUCCAAAUUCUCCCUUGACAGUCUAGGGACAAAUAUUAAUACUGGAGGCAACAUGGAAAGAACUGCUAGAGGCAGUAUGCUGACAUCAUCCGAUGCAGAAGGCCUGGCUCAGUCUUUUUCCUCUUAUUAUCCCAGUUUUAGGAAGACUAUGAGACGGUCCAAUAUCAGUGGUUCAUUUACCCUAAAUAUUCCCUACCAGUUCUCUAUGGCACAUCUCCCCAAUUGCAAAUUGAAGGUAGUGCUCCAAAAUCUGAAAGGUCAAAGCUGGAAAGUUAAUUCAAUCCCAACUUUGAAGGUGCAUACAUCUCAUACUCUUUGUGGUGGAUGGUUGGCUUUUUCUCGUGACAAUAACAUCAAUCUGGGAGAUAUCUGCAUCUUUGAACUAUUAAGACAAUAUGAAUUGCGUGUAUAUAUUCUUAGAGUUGGCAAAGAAGAGAGAGAUUGCCAAGGUGGUAAAGUAGAUUUUACAGCUUUAUGCAAAACUGAAGUACCUCACAGGAAAUUUUCUGACUGUGAAGCAAAAGGAAUCAGUUGGGUAUCAGAAAAUUCUUCAGCUUUUGGGAAACAAAUUAGCUUACAAGACAAGCAGAAUUCAUAUGCAAAGGGUUGUAUAUCAAUAAAGUCAGUACCUGAAGAGAAAAAAGCAGCUCAAUCAUUUACUUCUAGCUAUCCUCAUUUUGUUAGAAUUAUGAAGAAAUUCAACAUUAGUGGCUCCUAUACCCUGAAAAUACCAUAUCAAUUUUCCAUGGAACACCUCCCUGGGUGCAAAGUGGAGAUUGUUCUUCGUAAUUUAAGAGGACAGUCUUGGACAGUGAAUUCCAUUCCGUCUAUGAGAGUGCAAACAUUACAUACUUUUUGUGGUGGGUGGAUGGCCUUUGUUCGUGGCAACGUCCUUCAAAUAGGAGAUAUCUGCAUUUUCGAACUCGUUGACAGACAUGAAAUGCGCGUGCAUAUAUGGAGGUUUGGAACAGAAGUUAUGGAUUAUCAAAGUGAGAAAUUAGGAGCCCCUAAUGAAUUAACUCUUGGAUAGUCUUUCAAUUUGCCUUUGUUUUGGGAGAUGCAUGAAUUUGACCCUAUCCCAUCUCUGGUCUUCCUUCUGGGCAGAUUUGUGGAAUCAUAGUGACGAAUAGAAAGAACGAAAAACAAGCCUAGUAGUAGUUGUUCAUUUGGAUGCAUGAUGCAGCUGCCUGUGUAUACUAAGUGUAUGUAAUGUGUUGUACCUAAAGAAAGCUCAAACGUGGAAUAACGAAAACAAAAUUUGAAAAAUAAACAAUAUCUAGGUUCAAUGAUAUGCAUUUUUGUUCUUGUAUCGGCAUCUUUCAUUCUGGAUGUAAGAGAUGAUGAAGAAAAUGCUAACAAAGGUUUGAUUCUAUUA